AUGUCGCAAGAUGCGUACUACAUUACGCCCAACGAAGCAGCUCUGGCAGUGGUAGCCACUUCUAUGAAAAAAGCUAGACUGCCAUUGGAAACUUUGAUCUGCAAUUCGAUCAUGGGCGGUGUUUUCUUCAGCACAGGUGGUUUAUUAUUUACUGCUUGUCACUCUCUAAAUCCAGGUAUCUUUGAGCAGAAUCCUGGAAUACUGGACUUCUCGGGUGGUUUCAUGUUUCCAAUUGGUCUGUUUUACGUGGUGAUAAACGGUGCGGAUCUGUUCAACUCCAACAUUUUGUUUUUUGUCGUGGGACUCCUCCAAGGCGUCGUGUCGUUUUAUGAUUUGCUCAUAAGUUGGGUUGUCAGCUGGAUCGGUAACCUUGGUGGCACUCUUUUCGUGGUUUACGUUAUAUGCUCUCUUUCAACCGUUACGAAGUCGGCGGCAUUUAUAAAAUACACACAUCACUUAGUGGCGGAGAAGGACUCGUUCAAUUUCAUCAGAACUUUCAUCAAGGCCAUUGCCGGAAACUUCUACGUUUGCCUCGCUAUUUAUCUGCAAAUGAUGGCCAAACCGCUGCAUGUUAAAUUCCUCAUGUUGGUGCUUCCGAUUUUCAGCUUUGUUGCAGUAGGUUUCACGCAUGUGGUCGCAGAUAUGUUUUUGCUUACCAUUGGAAUGUUCAAUGGCGCCGAUUUACCGGUGUCUCGCUUCAUUUGGAAGCAUAUGGUCGCUGCAACACUGGGUAAUAUAGUGGGAGGGGGGGCCUUUGCAGCUAUUGUACCGUUUUAUAUGCAUCUGGUCGCUGUUGAGAAUGACCGUAAGCGACUGGCAUUGCCAGAAUUGGAGGCCAGGGACGAGCAACCUGAACUCAACGUCGACUCGAGAGUGGUAAGAAUACCCACAAAAGUCGCCGAACAAGUGGAAGAAGAUGCCGAAGAAGGCGGUGACGACGCUGAUGGAGAAAGUGUUUCCGAAGAAAAGAAUGGUUUCGAGUUUCUCAGCAAGGCUUCGUCGGUGGAAGAAAAGAAAACGGGCAACAAUGAACCGGUCGAAUACAGGCCGACUGCAUCAACUCCAAGAAUCUCAAGAGUGGGCUCGGCAUUGAGAAGAGUGAGCACAAAUAAGUCUACAUCAAGCGUUCGAUCGGGUCACUCGUUUGCGCAGAGGACACCUGUUGGUGUGUUUCCUAUCAAGGGAAUGGCCUUCCCGCAGACACCAGACACGAGAAGGGAAAGGCUGAAUGAACAUGACUCAGGCAGCUUGCCUCCCCACAGAUCCCGAUCUUUCGAUCAAGGGUCUUCUUUUCUGCAUAAAGUCAGGACCGCGCUUUCAGAGCGUAAUGCAAGCAUAGAUCGUUCUAGACCUCCUGGUCUGGAGCACACUUUUACGAGCCGCUCGCUGGGUCAAUUGAGGCGUGAACAGAGCCCGGCGUUUUCUGAAAACAUUCUGGAAACCAAAAUGGGAGCGAGAUUGGAACGGGCGUUAACAAAGAUAGGAUCGCGAAUCUCCCGCGAAGACAAGGACGAUUCCAGGCCUUUGCCCACGACCAUACAAGAGAUGUAUCCCAUAGUUCGCCGCCCGUCAAAUGACCCCAUCGACAACCAUGCUUCACUGGACGGUCACAAUCCGUUAACAAGCCAUAGAGACGCAGGAGAUCAGUCACCUUUUGUCUACCGGUCAAGAAACACUUCGAGCUGGAGCGGGAUAUCUAUUCCUCGCAGACCUUCUUCUGCAUAUCUCCCAGAAGUUUCCGAGCCAAGAAGAGCAGUUUCGAGCAGAAGCUCACUACGACAUGGUGAACACCCCGGCAGCAACGACAUUAAAAACUACAAAAAAGCGGACAGCUGA